AUGGAUAUGGACUCGUCAUGGGGAGGACUGGUUCAUGAGAUGAUGGCGUACGUUGCUGAGGAGUGUCCAGGUGCAGUGAUCACGGUAGUUGACAACGACUGGAGCUAUCCGAUGGCUACCGACGACCUAGACGCCGUGUUUCGAGCUGAGCCAAACGUCCGGGACCGCUCGAAAGUUGAGGGCAGGAAGCGAAUCAACGUGGCAUCGUCCAUAGCACUACUGUCUGAAUUUUUACAAUUGCUUGUGCCGGUUGCGAUGUCUUCGAGUUCACUGCCAAGCUCAAGGUUUCUACAGCUCGGAUUGAACCGGUCGGGCUGUGGUGAUGUAGGAAGAGUUGUUGCCACUGUAUUGGAGCUCUCGUUGUCAGCACACCGAGGACGACCUGUAUAUGAAAUACCGGAGGGAUUUCAAUCCAGUAUGAAGGUUGUCGAGCUGGCUGCAACGUUCCCGUAUGUUUCGGAUCCAAUGCGGAUUGUCACCAAGGCCAUUGGCUGCAAUAAUCUAGCAGACCCGCCCCAGAACUACUCGUUGUUUCCUGUAAUCCAACAAACUACCGGUGGUCUCAACGAAAGUUACAGCAACAAGACGUCCUACCGACGUCUGCACUUCCGCGGAUCUUUCAGUUGUAACUCGUCACUGCGCUCUGCCAUCAAUUCUUUUCCGGUAUGGCCCCGUGACGUCGCACUGCACUGGUCUGAUAUGUCUCCUCUUAAACUACCAGAAACAUACCGCAUCCGUGCACUGCAGAGCUCGUCUGUUGAUGGCAGUUCUCAAUUGGCGUUGUCAAGUCGGACUGGUGCAUACUUGUCAAACCUGGCACAACGCGCUGCAAAAAGCGAUAAGCGCACACUGUACGAGUUCACACGUGCUGGGAUGAGCCUCGACGCGCCGGAAGAGCUGGCAUCCGUGUUGGCAGCCAUGGGCGACGCAUAUUUCGCUCAGUAG